AUGGCAACCGUCUCCACAGUACCGAACGACUUUGUGCCUACCGCUGCCUCCAAUGUAAAUGCGUCUGUUGGUCUGCGUUAUGAUUCGAUCCUCGCCGAUGCGUGCGCUUUCAACCGACGUCUUCGCAAAGGACGAAUCAAUCGACCUGAUUUCUUCGACUCUGCCACGCAGAUACCUCAACGUUCAGCACCUUGGCUGCAUCGCUCUGUACAAGCUCGUACCAAAAGUCUAUCACUAACUCGUUCACACUUACUCGUGACUUAUCGUCGGCAUAGGUGGCGUAUUCAACCAGGGUUCAAGCGCAAAUUUGCUGAAAGUCUCGAACACUCACACCUCCUUUUCAUGUUUCAAACAAUCUCUUUUCCAAGUUCCAACGUGGGGAUAGAUACUUCUAACGCACGUGGAUCUCUAACUCGUCCCCAAACAGCUACAACCGAAUUCACUAAACUACCACAACCCUCCCAGUCAACACUGGGUAUCUCUACAACGGAUCCAGAAGCCUCCCUUCCUGGUUCUGUUUCCAACGAGGGCUCUUGCCAGUCCUCGGCCACUCCCACCUCCAUCAACAAUUCCACGACGGCCUCAAACGGUGGUGGUGGUGGCGGUGGUGACCGUCGAAUUUCGACCAGUGAAAUGCAACAGCAGUCGGGUAAACAGCCACAAACCUCACCGUCUGCUGAAGACUAUGCCGGGCAGCGAUACGAUAGUUAUGCAGGAAGAUAUGGGGACGAAGAGGACCCUGAACGCACUAAAUUAAAGUUCCGACGACGGAUAAUGGGAAUAAACGCUGACAAGACUGGAGUUAUUCGACGAUAUCACAGACGUAUUGGUGGUGGCGUAGUCGGCAGGGUGAGUAAAAUCGUCGAAUUAUUAGUAUUAAUCAGUUAUUACAAAUUUUUAUUUUGUACCAACCAAUCUAUUAGAUUAAAUAGGAGAGCUUGUUUCUAUCAUUUAACUUUCUAA